AACCAUUUGAUUCGGUCUGUUGAUGGAAUUUUCAACCCUUACGCAAUUUCUUCUUCACUCGGUUUCAUCGAUUGAUCGAUCGGCUUGUUCAGUUCCGACGAUCAUUCUUUAUUGACUUGCGAUUGCUAAUCCUACUAGAAAAACUGAGAUGGUUUGAAAUUCCCGUGUGUUUCGUAAAAGAUUUGUGGAAUGGAUAAUUCAGAUUAUUCUAGAAAUAGGCAUAACGAGCAUUUGGGUGUCAACAAGAUUGGGAAGAAUAUUAGAAAGAGUCCAUUGCAUCAACCAAGUUUCGCUAAUCCAGCUAGGCAACAGUCUCAACCUCAGGUUUACAACAUCAACAAGAAUGAUUUUAGAAAUAUUGUUCAACAGCUUACUGGUUCACCUUCACACCAUUCUCAAGAACCACUUCCUAGACCUCCUCCCCAGAAUCCACCUAAAUCCCCUAGCAUGAGGUUGCAAAGAAUUCGUCCUCCACCAUUAUCACCCAUAAGUGUAAACAGGCCUAGAAUGGUCAUUCAUCCUGCACCCCAGAUGCCCCCACAACAUGGACCUACACCUAGACCUGCUCAAUAUGGUCAACCGCCUCCAAGGACCAUGGUGCCACCACCAUCACAGCCACCCUUUGGUUCUGGUAAUCAUACAGGGUGGGCAAAUACUGCAGAGUCUCCUAUAUCAUCUUACAUGCGCUACCUUCAGAAUUCCAUCAAUGAUUCACCCCAAGGACAUCCGCAAGUUCGAAGUCAUAUGCAUGUUCAGCAGCAGCAAUCAUCUGGAUUGCUUCCUUACCCACCUGUGGCUUCUCUUCCAUCACCAAGAACAAAUGGCCCCCCUCCUUUUCCAUCUCCAAGAAUGAAUGGGAAUGGGAAUGGGCUUCCUCUUGCGUCUCCUAGAAGUAAAGGCUAUCCUCCACUUCUACCAUCACCCACUUCCCAGUUUCUUCUGCCAUCGCCUUCUGGUUACUUGAAUCUGUCAUCUCCUCGAUCACCUUACCCUCUGCUAUCUCCUGGAUAUCAGCAUCCUCCACCACUGACACCAAAUAUUCCCUUUUCACCCAUGGCUCAACCAGGAAUCUUGGGCCCUGGACCUCAACCUCCACCUUCUCCUGGCAUCGGUUUUCCAUUAUCUCCAGGAUUUUUCUCUGUUUCAAGUCCAAGAUGGAGGGGUUAGAUGGAUGAAAUGAGGGUGGCAUACUGGUCUGAUCAGCCCAAGAGAUUAUCUUCCAGGCAACCCGUUGGAGUUUCACUUGUGAAAAUGUAAGGUGCAUUGGCUGUAUAAUAGUCUGUUGGAAAUGUUUUUAUUUUUACAUUGUUUUUCUUUGUCUAUAAAUUUCAAUGCCUUCUUAGAAUACAUGUUCAGUAGAAACUAUUUACGGACAAGAUAUUAUAGUAAAGAUUCAUGGACAUAUCUAGAGUCUUUUAUUGUGAACACAAGUGUAAGAUGAGUGAUAGUAGAAUGAUAAAGAUUGAAUUUGAUGUUCCCUAAUGCCACA